AUGGCUCCCGCCGACAAGCCUACGCUCCGUCAACGACAAUCGUCGACAUUACACUACCAGACCUUUCCCACCUCACCACCCACAAGUCGCGGAAAACCUCCCUCUUCGCCCAAUCCCUCGUCGUCCAACCUCCCCGCCGAUGCCCAGUCCGGCCCGCAAGAUGACACGCACAAUGAGACCCCGCUUCCCAAGGCCCAAUUGGCCAUCCUUGCCGUCAUAGCCCUCGCCGAGCAGACUGCCCUGAACUCCAUCUCGCCCUAUCUGCCUGCCAUGGCUUCUACCUUCCCAGAAGUCAAGAACGGCCAGGUUGGCUUGUACGUCGGUCUGAUAGCUUCGAGCUUUGCUUUGGCACAGUUCGCUACCAAUUUCUUCUGGGGCUGGCUAAGCGACAGGAUCGGAAGGAAACCCGUUGUUCUCAUGGGUACUUUAUUAACUGCCGUCUGUUUUGUUGUCUUUGGCUUCAGCCGAACCUUGUGGCAGGCCAUCUUCGCUCAAACUCUCAUGGGCUUGGUCAAUGGAAACCAGGGUGUCAUUAGUACCUGUCUGGGUGAGAUCACCGACCGAAGCAACCAGAGUAGAGCCUUUACCUACCUUCCUGUCGUCUACGGUAUUGGCGGCAUCACCGGUCCUCUUGUUGGUGGAUUGCUGGUGUUCGAGACCAUUCCCUGGAGCGGCAAGCCUAACCCAUACCCUUAUCUGGCUCCGAAUCUGCUUAGCGCCGGAGUUCUGCUCGUUGAUUUUGUCCUUACCAUUAUCUUCCUCGAAGAAUCUCUGGAGGAAGCCAAAGAUCUGCCGCCUCUCAACAAACGUGUCUCCAACCUCUUUGCGUGGCUUUGGCAAUUUACCGGGAAUGCUAGAAAGCCUUCGUAUGUCCGGCGCCACGAGCAUCACGCCAAUUCAGCUGUCAGCGCCCGUAAUGAUGGCGCUGAAGAAGACACAACGGACGAUGAGAGCGACGGAGAAUCUACCCACUUGUUGGGUGCUGGUAAUCAUGAAACACUCAGCAGCUCCGCUGUUUUCAACCGUGACACCAUCCUCCUACUCAUCACUUUCCUCAUCUUCCAGUUGUCCAACAUUUCGUACAACUCACUCUAUCCCAUCUUCGCGCAGGCAGUACCUCCAACCGGUCGUGGUUUGUCACCUGAGGAAAUUGGUCUAUCGCUGGGCUUUGCUGGGCUAGUCACCAUCAUAUUCCAAGUCGGCGUCUUUGGCAAGCUUCGCGAGAAGGUGGGAAACAAGACCACUUAUCGCGUUGGCCUAUUUGGAUUCGUCAUUGCAUUUCUGCUCAUGCCCUGGGUGGGUUAUAAGGAUGGCAAGGAUGGAUCUGGCCACAGUACCCAAGCUGGCAAGAUUUGGUUGUGGAUUGAGCUCGGGGCGGUGCUUAUCGUCAAGACCGUGGCAGCGGUUGGCGGGCUUACAAGUGCCUUGCUUCUGAUUACAAACUCAGCGCCAAACCACUCAGUCUUGGGCACGCUUAAUGGCCUUGCUCAAACCCUCUCAGCUGCCGGACGUGCUGCCGGGCCUUUCAUAUCUGGAUCAUUGUUCACUGCAGCAACACAUGUGCGGCCCAAGGGCGAAGCUCUUGCCUUUGGAAUCUUUGGUGGUAUCAGUCUCUUGGGAUUCGCCUUGAGCUUCGGUAUUCGAUCGUCCAGUCUCGAGGCCGAAGGCUGGGACGAGAGCGAUGGAGACGACGAUGCUUCAUCUGAAGAGGAAGAGGUGUAG